AUGACUAUCCCGGAGAAGCAAUGGGCCCAAGUGGUCGAGAAGAAGGGUGGACCCCCUGUCUACAAGCAGAUUCCGGUGGCAAAGCCUGGCCCGGACGAGAUCUUGGUCAAGAUCCGGUAUACCGGGGUUUGCCAUACCGACUUGCACGCCAUGAAGGGUGACUGGCCACUCGGGUUGAAGCUUCCCCUCGUGGGCGGACAUGAAGGAGCUGGCGUGGUCGUCGCCACGGGUGACCUCGUCAAUGAGUUCGAAGUUGGAGAUCACGCUGGUAUCAAAUGGUUGAACGGAUCCUGUUUGGCUUGUGAGUUCUGCAAGCAGGCCGAGGAGCCCCUGUGUCCUCACGCGUUGCUAUCCGGUUACACCGUCGAUGGUACGUUCCAGCAGUAUGCCAUCGCCAAGGCCAGUCAUGCGUCGAAGCUCCCGAAGGAAGUUCCCCUUGAUGCUGUCGCUCCCAUCCUCUGUGCUGGUAUCACUGUCUACAAGGGAUUGAAGGAGUCUGGUGCUCGUCCCGGCCAGACCGUCGCCAUUGUCGGCGCCGGAGGUGGACUCGGAUCGCUGGCUCUGCAGUAUGCUAAGGCAAUGGGGCUUCGCACCAUCGCCAUCGACGGUGGUGACGAGAAGAAAGCUAUGUGCGAGAAACUCGGAUCGGAGGCAUACAUCGACUUUAAGACAUCCAAGGAUGUAGUUGAGGACGUCAAGGCAGCCACUCCGGAAGGCCUUGGUGCCCACGCUGUGAUUCUUCUCGCUGUGGCCGAAAAGCCCUUCCAGCAGGCAACCGAGUACGUUCGCUCCAAGGGUAGUGUCGUCGCUAUUGGCAUGCCAGCCGGCGCAUUCCUUCGAGCCCCUGUCUUCAACACCGUUGUCCGUAUGAUCAACAUCAAGGGAAGCUACGUUGGCAAUAGGCAGGAUGGCGUAGAAGCAGUAGACUUCUUUGCCCGCGGACUCAUCAAGGCUCCGUUCAAGACGGCUCCUUUGGAGGAUUUGCCGCGCAUCUUCGAACUGAUGGAACAAGGCCAGAUCGCCGGUCGGUAUGUCCUUGAGGUGCCUCAGUAA